UUUUUUUUUUUUUUUUUUUUUUUUUUUUUACUCAGGAAAGAAUCCUAUGCCAUAGUGGCCUUUGUUUGAUACAUACAUUAUUAGCGUGCACUCCUGUAGGUACACUAAAAACUUAGCUCAUGCACUUUGUAUAUCCUUAUAAUGGUACAAAGAAAAUACAUUGAUUCUUUUCAUUGGUGACAAAUGCCUUGCCAAAAUCAAAGAAUUUCCAUGCCUUAAGAAGGAAAUAAUGUCAGGAUUUUGAAUCAACAUCCGUUUCUACUGACCAUUUAUUUUUAAAUAGGUUUUAAAAUCCUCACAAGGGCAGUAGCUCAUGCCUGUAAUCCCAGCACUUUGGGAGGCUGAGACGAGAGGAUCGCUUGAGCCCAGCCAGGAGACAAGCCUGAGCAAUAGCGAGACCCCCAUCUCUACAAAAAAUAGAAAAAUUAGCCGGGUGUGGUAGUGUGUGACGGUUGUCCCAACUACGAAGGAGGCUGAGGCAGGGAGGUCACCUGUGCCCGGGAGGUCAAGCUGCAGUGAGCCGUGAUCGUGCCACUGCACUCCAGCCUGCGCAAGAGACCCUGCCUCAAAACCAAACCAAACCAAACCAAACCGAUAACACUGGCAUCAUACCAGCCUGCACUUUGGGACAGGUGAUGGCUGGGGUGGGAAGAAACGUGAAGAGGAAAUGAGAACACAGAGAAAACGCUGCAACAAGAAGUCCUCUGGCUUCACUGCAGACAAUUGGUUUCUCCUUCGCUCGUUAUCUUAAAAACCGGGCUGGUGUAGCAAAUCUGACGCAGCACUACGGCUUUUAAGAUUUACCUUGAUUCGUGAUAUUACCAAGCAAAGGAAUGCAGUAAAUUGACCUGCUUCAAACGUAGGUAGAACUGAGAAACGGAAACAGAAAACCAUGAAACAACCCCAGUGUUGCAGUAAAGCUGUGACAGGUCGAUGCCUUCCACUCGGGAAGCCCAAGAUGGCCGGGCCAGGAACCCGGGAAGCAGCUGAAGUCUCAAUUCCCCUCGCCCUAGGCCUGCCUAAGAGAAGUCAGAAACCGCGCCACGCCCCCUUACAUCACCGAUAGACGUAAUCCGGUUCCGCCGCAAACCUGCCGCAGGCCAAGGCCCCGCCCCGUGUCCCGCCCACCCCAAGCGGGAUGGCUGAGCGCCGCACGCGCAGCACGCCGGGACUAGCUAGCGAGCCUCCCAGCAGCCUCUGGGACGGGCGCGGUGCGUAAGUAGCUCGCCGGCGGUGGCCGUUCUCCGUAAAAUGGCGGACCGGCGGCGGCAGCGCGCUUCGCAAGACACCGAGGACGAGGAAUCUGGUGCUUCGGGCUCAGACAGCGGCGGCUCCCCGUUGCGGGGCGGCGGGAGCUGCAGCGGUAGCGCUGGAGGCGGCGGCAGCGGCUCUCUGCCUUCACAGCGCGGAGGCCGAAUCGGGGCCCUUCAUUUGCGGCGGGUGGAGAGCGGGGGCGCCAAGAGCGCUGAGGAGUCGGAGUGUGAGAGUGAAGAUGGCAUUGAAGGUGAUGCUGUUCUCUCGGAUUAUGAAAGUGCAGAAGACUCAGAAGGUGAAGAAGGAGAAUACAGUGAAGAGGAAAACUCCAAAGUGGAGCUGAAAUCAGAAGCUAAUGAUGCUGUUAAUUCUUCAACAAAAGAAGAGAAGGGAGAAGAAAAGCCUGACACCAAAGGCACUGUGACUGGAGAGAGGCAAAGUGGGGACGGACAGGAGAGCACAGAACCUGUGGAGAACAAAGUGGGUAAAAAGGGCCCUAAGCAUUUGGAUGAUGAUGAAGAUCGGAAGAAUCCAGCAUACAUACCUCGGAAAGGGCUCUUCUUUGAGCAUGAUCUUCGAGGGCAAACUCAGGAGGAGGAAGUCAGACCCAAGGGGCGUCAGCGAAAGCUUUGGAAGGAUGAGGGUCGCUGGGAGCAUGACAAGUUCCGGGAAGAUGAGCAGGCCCCAAAGUCCCGACAGGAGCUCAUUGCUCUUUAUGGUUAUGACAUUCGCUCAGCUCACAAUCCUGAUGACAUCAAACCCCGAAGAAUCCGGAAACCCCGAUAUGGGAGUCCUCCACAAAGAGAUCCAAAUUGGAAUGGUGAGCGGCUAAACAAGUCUCAUCGCCACCAGGGUCUUGGGGGUACCCUACCACCAAGGACAUUUAUUAACAGAAAUGCUGCAGGUACUGGCCGCAUGUCUGCACCCAGGAAUUAUUCUCGAUCUGGGGGCUUCAAGGAAGGUCGUGCUGGUUUUAGGCCUAUGGAAGCUGGGGGGCAGCAUGGUGGCCGGUCUGGCGAGACUGUUAAGCAUGAGACUAGUUACCGGUCACGGCGCCUAGAGCAGACUCCUGUGAGGGAUCCAUCUCCAGAAGCAGCAGAUGUUCCAGUGCUUGGCAGUCCUGAGAAGGAAGAGGCAACCUCAGAGACACCAGCUGCUGCUCCUGAUACUGCACCACCAGCCCCUGACAGGCCCAUUGAGAAGAAAUCCUAUUCCCGGGCAAGAAGAACCCGAACCAAAGUUGGAGAUGCAGUCAAGCUUGCAGAGGAGGUGCCCCCUCCUCCUGAAGGACUGAUCCCAGCACCUCCAGUCCCAGAAACCACCCCAACUCCACCUACUAAGACUGGGAACUGGGACGCUCCAGUGGAUUCUACUACAGGUGGACUUGAGCAAGAUGUGGCACAACUAAAUAUAGCUGAACAGAAUUGGAGUCCGGGGCAGCCUUCUUUCCUGCAACCACGGGAACUUCGAGGUAUGCCCAACCAUAUUCACAUGGGAGCAGGACCUCCACCUCAGUUUAACCGGAUGGAAGAAAUGGGCGUCCAGGGUGGUCGAGCCAAACGCUAUUCAUCCCAGCGGCAAAGACCUGUGCCAGAGCCCCCCGCCCCUCCAGUGCAUAUCAGUAUCAUGGAGGGACAUUACUAUGAUCCACGUUUACAUCCCCACCAGACACCAGCUCCUCUGCCCAAUCCAGGCCUCUAUCCCCCACCAGUGUCCAUGUCUCCAGGACAGCCACCACCUCAGCAGUUGCUUGCUCCUACUUACUUUUCUGCUCCAGGCGUCAUGAACUUUGGUAAUCCCAGUUACCCUUAUGCUCCAGGGGCACUGCCUCCCCCACCGCCGCCUCAUCUGUAUCCUAAUACACAGGCCCCAUCACAGGUAUAUGGAGGAGUGACCUACUAUAACCCCGCCCAGCAGCAGGUGCAACCAAAGCCCUCCCCACCACGGAGGACUCCCCAGCCAGUCACCAUCAAGCCCCCUCCACCUGAGGUUGUAAGCAGGGGUUCCAGUUAAUAUGAGUUUCUGAAUAUUUUAAAUCUUAACAUCAUAUAAAAAACGGCAGAGGUGAGAACUCAGGGGAGAAGAGAAAUACAGCUGGCUAUCUACUACCAGAAGGGCUUCAAAGAUAUAGGUUAUGGCUUCUACCAGCAAACAGCUGAAAGAGGAGGACCCCUGCCUUCCUCUAAGGACAGGCUCUGGAGAGAGGGAGAAACAAGUGGACCUCGUCCCAUCUUCACUCUUCACUUGAGUUGGCUGUGUUCGGGGGAGCAGAGCCAGACAGCCCCAAGCUUCUGAGUCUAGAUCCAGAAGCCCAUGUCUUCUGCUGUUCUUCACUUUCUUCUGGGAAAUUGAAGUGUCUUCUGUUCUCAAGGAAGCUCCUUCCUGUUUGUUUUGUUUUCUAAGAUGUUCAUUUUUAAAGCCUGGCUUCUUAUCCUUAAUAUUAUUUUAGUUUUUUCUCUUUGUCUCUGUUUCUUGCUCUCCCUGCCUUUAAAUGAAACAAGUCCAUUCUUCUGGUUUGCUGGCCCCUCUGGAUUCCCUUUUGACUCUUCCCUGCAUCCCAGAUAAUGGAGAAUGUAUCAGCCAGCCUUCCUCACCAAGGCUAAAAAGACCUGGCCUUUCACUUUUAGUUGGCGUUUGUUAUCCUCUUGUAUACUUGUAUUCCCUUAACUCUAACCCUGUGGAAGCAUGGCUGUCUGCACAGAGGGUCCUAUUGUGCAGAAAAGCUCAGAAUAGGUGGGUAGGAGUCCUUCUCUUUGACUUAGGUUUUUAGGAGUCUGAGCAUCCAUCAGUACCUGUACUAUGGUGGACUUCUGUUCUCUGCUGAGGGCAAAUACCCUACUGUGGGGAGAGAUGGCAAACCAGAUGCUUUUGUGAGAAAGGGAUGGUGGAGUGAGAGCCUUUGCCCUUAGGGGUGUGUAUUCACAUAGUCCUCGGGGCGCAGUCUUUUGAGGUAAGUGGAAUUAGAGGGCCUUGCUUCUCUUCUUUCCAUUCUUCUUGCUACACUCCCUUUCCAGUUGCUGUGGACCAAUGCAUCUCUUUAAAGGCAAAUAUCAUCCAGCAAGCAGUCUACCCCAUCCUUUGCAAUUGCUCUUCUCCACGUCUUCUCUGCUACAAGUGUUUUAGAUGUUACUACCUUAUUUUCCCCGAAUUCUACUUUUGUCCUUGCAAACAGAAGAUACUACACCUGGGCUUAAGGCCUAAGGAAGCCAGUCACCUUCUGGGCAAGGGCUCCUAUCUUUCCUUGCUAUCCAUGGCACUAAACCACUUCUCUGCUGCCUCUGCGGAAGAGAUUCCUAUUACUGCAGUACUUCUGUCCGCCAGGGGUAACUUGGCCACUGUCCCUGUCCUUCUACAGAACCUGAGGGCGAAGAUGGUGGCUGUGUCUCUCCCCGGUAAUGUCACUGUCUGUUUUUAUUCCUUCCCUCUAGCAGCUGGCCUAACCACUCGAGUCACAGGUGUGGCGUGGAGAGGGGGAAGGGGCAUUUAAUCUGUAACCCCCAAGGAGGAAAUAACUAAGAGAUUCUUCCAGGGGUAGCUGGUGGUUGUGCCUUUUGUAGGCUGUUCCCUUUGCCUUAAACCUGAAGAUGUCUCCUCAAGCCUGUGGGCAGCAUGCCCAGAUUCCCAGACCUUAAGACACUGUGAGAGUUGUCUCUGUUGGUCCACUGUGUUUAGUUGCAAGGAUUUUUCCAUGUGUGGUGGUGUUUUUUGUUACUGUUUUAAAGGGUGCCCAUUUGUGAUCAGCAUUGUGACUUGGAGAUAAUAAAAUUUAGACUGUAAACUUGG